GCAGGUGGAAAGCUGUGCUCUAUAAGCGGCUGCAGUGAAGCUGAGGAAAAACAGAUUUCAUGAUGGCGUCAGCAAAUGCCACGUAUGGUCAGAAGGAGUCCUCAGACCAGAACUUUGAUUACAUGUUUAAAAUCCUCAUCAUUGGUAACAGCAGCGUGGGGAAAACGUCCUUCCUCUUCCGUUAUGCAGAUGACUCGUUUACACCAGCCUUUGUCAGCACAGUGGGCAUUGACUUCAAGGUCAAAACCAUUUAUAGAAAUGACAAGAGGAUAAAGCUGCAGAUCUGGGACACUGCUGGGCAGGAGCGCUACAGGACAAUCACCACAGCUUACUACAGAGGAGCCAUGGGCUUCAUUCUUAUGUACGACAUCACCAAUGAGGAUUCUUUCAACGCUGUGCAAGACUGGUCAACACAGAUCAAGACAUAUUCCUGGGACAACGCUCAAGUCCUGUUGGUGGGGAACAAGUGUGAUAUGGACGAUGAACGAAUUGUAGCGUCGGAGAGGGGGCGGCAGCUGUCAGAACAGCUGGGUUUUGAGUUUUUUGAAACGAGCGCUAAGGACAACAUUAACGUGAAGCAAACGUUCGAGCGACUGGUGGACGUCAUCUGUGAGAGGAUGGCAGAGAGUCUGGACAACAACGACCCGACGAUCACCGGAGCCAAGCAGGGACCACAACUUAACGAGCAGCCCCAGAGGUCUCAUCAAGACUGUGCCUGCUGAACACAACUACACUCUGCUGUCCUCAAUGUCUCGUUUAUUUCCUCAUCUUUCCUUUCUACUAGUUUGAAUAUGAUUUUUUUACACAUCAGCACUACCAUGCACAAAC